UCAAAAACUUAUUCACCUGGACGGUAUCAAAGGAUAAUCAAUAAAGAAUGAUUGUAGGGCCCAUGGUUUGGAGGGGACUUAAGAAUCGGCGAUGAGGGAUUGAGGGGGUCCAACAUGGCGAUGGACUUGACAAGAAUCACUAUACGGCCAUUCAAGCUAAGCGACGUUGAUGAUUUCAUGUUAUGGGCAGGAGAUGAGCAAGUGACUCAGAAUACUCGAAUGGACUCAAUCAGAAGCAGGGAAGAGGCUUUGACUUUUAUUAGAGAUGUUUGCAUACCUCACCCUUGGCGUCGCUCCAUAUGCAUCGACGAGCGCUGCAUCGGUAUGGUUUCUGUGAGUCCUUGCUCAGGGGACGAGAGAUGCAGAGCAGAACUUGGAUAUGUUGUUGCCGCAUCCUUCUGGGGCCAAGGCAUCGGAACUAAAGUAGUAAACAUGGCCGUGUCCCAAGCCUUCGCCCAGUUCCCGGAUUUGCUGAGAUUAGAGGCUCUGGUUGAUUCUCGCAACAAGGCUUCCCAGAGGGUUUUGGAGAAGGCCGGCUUCCUUAGGGAGGGUCUCCUCAGAAAUUACGCAAUUGUCAAGGGCCUCGUCAGGGAUGUUUGUAUCUACAGUUUUCUGUCAUCAAGUGCUCCUCGUCCUCCCCACCCCCCACUGUGCUAGUCUUGUUUGUUCUUGCCCUCUGGCCUCUCUUUCACUCGUCGUCAUCGAAAGUUUUGCCAACCUGCAAGCAAGCUUCCCUAUUGAUUUGAACAUCUAUUGAUGGAUUGUAUCCUUAGCAGAAGCGUCACCAACUCCCACACCCGCAAACAGACAUCUUUACAGAAUACCUCCUUCGUAGUAGAUACAUUAAAUUUGAGACGGGAGUAAUUAGUUUACAUAUAUUACAGUUAUUGGUUCCUCGUACAA